AUGGCGCUGGGCAUCACCCGAGUCCUGGUCCCCAGUCAAACAGCAGGUGACAACCCUGUCCUUCAAAAGACAUGGCAGCGCUUGACCUAUUUCUCAGGGCUCUUCUGGACAGCAACCUCCAUCUCUGGCAAAGAGAAGAGCUUGGUGUCAGCCUGGUAUCUGUCUCUCCUUUGGCCACCAAGGUCAGGGCUCCCAGCUCUUGCCUGGGCCCAUACGCCCCGCUCUUACCCCCCACCCCAGCAGGAGGAGGACAGCAGCCCGAGCCCCAGCCCGAGCCCCGACCCCAUCCUGGGCUCCAGCCCCCCCGCCGCCUGGCUCGCCUGACCCCUUCCUACCCAGGCCCCCACCCCACAGCAGGACACUCCAGGCCGGGCCAGUGGCGCACGCUCAGACAGCGCCAUCGUGCACCAGGAGAUCCUGGGCCAGGAGCGCCUCUUCCAGGGAGCAUUCCUGGGCAGCGAGACACGCAACGUGGAGUUCAAGAGGGGCGGCGGCGAGUACCUGAGCCUGGCCUUCAAGCACCACCUGCGUCGCUACGUGUGCGUCUUCCUCAACAGAGAGGGCGGCAGCCUGCUGGUGGGCGUGGAAGACAGUGGCCUGGUGCAGGGCAUCCGCUGCAGCCACCACGACAAGGACCUCAUGCACCUGCUGGUGGACUCCAUCCUGCAGGGCUUCAAGCCCCAGGUCUUCCCCGACGCCUACAAGCUCACCUUCAUCCCCGUGGUCAGCAACUCUGCCGCCGGCACCCGCCUAGAGGCGAUCCGCCUGAGCGUGCACGCCCCCAAGGCCCAGGCCCAGCCGCAGCUCUAAGAGACGGACCAGGAGGUGUUCCUGCGGCGGGAUGGGAGCAUCCAGGGCUCCCUGUCCGUACGCGCCAUCCAGGAGUGGGGCAGGCAGAAGUGGACGGCGGAGCUAAGCAAGCUGGAGGAGAGGCUGCGGGUGCUGAUGGCCGAGAAGGAGCGGCUCCAGCAGCAGCUGCAGCGGUACAAGCCCAUCUCCUGCACCUGCUGCAUCCUGUGAGGGCCCCAGCACUCUACCUGGAACACGCAGGGCCCCCUACGUCCUCCCAGUAAAACCAGUCUGGGCUGCUCAGAGGUGGAUGGGAGCUCUGCACUUGCUGGCUCCUUCUACAGCAGUGUGCUCACAUGGGCUGGUCCCCACGUGGUGUCAGUCCUGAGCAGACCCCGAUCUGUGUAGCUGAGAAGUUGUGCUUAGCAUGAUCCCCAAGGGAACUUACUUUCAGAAAGAACGGUAAAAACUUGGCCAGCGCUCUCCUUGGGCUGAGCUGUAAGGUACCGUCCCUUUGGGUCUCUGAUUCCUGUUGGCUAGGCAGGGCCAGAAAGGGACUUGUCAUCUUGGGAAAACCCCUCUGCAGAUGACAAAGUACAUUGAUAAUUGCGGUUACAGGGUGGACAGACCACCCUGCAGACCCACCCCUGGCUUGCUGGGACUUGGGACUGUCAAAGCUCUGUAAUAAGUUACAUGCCCCCGGGCAAGAAUGGUUCUUUCUAGAACACUUGGCUGGUUGGAUGCAGCUGGGUAGAGUCCCAUGCCCAGCCCAUUUCUGUCCAGGGGGCCCUGAGUUCCUCACCCUACAAAGCUAUGGGGUAAGGAGCCUGGAUGGUUUGGUUCCAGUCCAUCUCUGCCUUGACAACGGGUACCUUAGGGCAAAUCACAAUACCUCUGCUUCAGUUUCUUCAUCUACAGGACAAUAGGGGACAGCCGGCGCCCUGCUUCUCUCCAGCACACACCAACACCUGCACAGGAAGUGUCUGACUUCCAUUCCAUGUACCCUCCAGCCACUGGAGAGGAUUCCUGCUCUGGCCAUUUCCCCUGUCAUCUCCACCAGUGGAGCCUCUAUAAAGCCAACAUCUGUACCCGGGCAGGAAUGGUUCUUUCUAGAACAUGCCUGGGCUCAAAAGACCUCCAAGAGCUCCCCAUCUCAUCAAGAGCAAAGCCCAAACAAUAGUCUACACAAUCCCCCCGACCUGGCUCACCUGACCUCAAGGCCUCCUGCCUCUUGCUACUGCAUUCCAGCUACACUGACCAACUUGUUUCAUGAGCACACCAGCCUCAGGGCCUUUGCACUGGCUGCUUCCACCGCCUGGAAUGCUCCACCCCCAAGUGGAGAGGAAAGGAACUUCCCUACUCAUUCUAUUGCAAAUUACUCCCCGCUUCCCUGCUUCCAUCUUUUUUUCCUGCAGAGCACCUGUCAGUCACACUCUAGCUUUUAUUUGUUGUUUCCUCCUCACUAGAAUACAUGCUCACGGGGACAGGGAUUUUGGUCUGUUUUGUCCACUGCUUUAAGUUUAGAAACUAAAACAUAGCUGGCAUGUGGUAGAUGCCCAGUAAAUAUCUGCUGAUGAAAGAAUCAAGGAUACUCCUAAAUGUGUGGCCUGAGGCACUAGAAAACCAUGAAACUUUGUCAAAGAGGAUGUUUCACAGGGCUAGGGGUCCAUGGAACACACUUCAGUGAUCCCCUCUCCCUCCCCUAGCCUAGAGGUCCUUGGCCACAUCCACGGAGUAGACAACAGAGGACCCCUCAUGGCCCAAUCACAACUGCUCUAAAACUUGGUUUUCCCAUUUACCAAACACACUGGUUAUAGGGACCUAAGGUGGUAAUGGAUGCCCAUCUCAUGAUGGAUUACCAACCCACUGAACUACUCGGGGUCACUGACCUUAGGGCCUGAGCCAGCUUCUCAGAGGCCACUUAAGAACUGCACAGAGGGGCUUCCCUGGUGGCGCAGUGGUUAAGAAUCCGCCUGCCAAUGAAGGAGACACGGGUUCGAGCCCUGGUCCAGAAAGAUCCCACAUGCCGAGGAGCAACUAAGCCCAUGCGCCACAACUACUGAGCCCAUGCUCUAGAGCCCACAAGCCACAACUACUGAGCCCACGUGCCACAACUACUGAAGCCUGCACGCCUAGAGCCCGUGCUCCACAACAAAAGAAGCUACGACAAUGAGAAGCCCGCACAUUGCAACGAAGAGUAGCCCCCGCUCGCCACAACUAGAGAAAGCCCACACACAGCAACAAAGACCCAACACAGCCAUAAAUAAAAUAAAU